AUGGUGCACCACGUGAUCUUAUGCGCCCAACGGAUCCAAGAAGCCAUUACUCAAGCGAAGAGCAAAAUCCCUGGUCCAAGUUCGAAUGGUAACGUUCAGCUAGACGUAGGCCACAGUUGAAUCCAAAUUAGAAACGUGAGAUGUGAUCUGAACGUUGACAGUGAACGUGAUCAUCUCCGCUGGAGAGGUAACGUUUUCGAUAAUCGGCGACGAUAGGGCCAGACACUUUCUAAUAGCUGGCAGCCCGGUCGAAGAUCUUAAAUACGCGAGAAGAAUCUGUUUACCAGGCGAUCUUGUGUUGUCUUCCAGCGCUUGGGAACAUUGCUCUCCCAGCCAGUACGAGUACGUUAUCAAGGAUCCGAAUAACAUCAAGGUGCGAUACUCGGACCGACGGAAUCGCCAAGAAGAAGUAUCGAAACGAUAGAGGCUGUACCGUUUGAUCAACAUCUCAAGACAUCGGACGUAUCGAUCGCCAUCGACACUGAGAUUCAUCACGUUUCCUUCCACAAUCGAGAACGAAGAAUCGUUGCUGUAUUUAACGGAACUGAGGCAAAUCACCGCCGUCCGCAUCGCUGUGGUUCCGAACGAAUGUACCGUCCACGAGUUGAUCUCUCUGGCAGACGAGCUCUUCAAAAUUAUUCAAAAUAUAAUUCAAGCAUACUUUGGAUGCUCGGACAUGGCGUAUUUGUACGAGAAGGACAUCUCGUUUCAAAUUAUAUACGGUAUAAAGGGCUACAAUAGUGACGACGAACACGAUAACGCGAAGAAUGGAUUAUUGUCCGCGUUUCACAUAAUGAAAGAAAUAAGACGCAUUCGCAAUGUCAAAACGAUUCUCAUCGGCGUCUCGACCGGGAUAGCAUUCUGCGGAGUAGUCGGCCAUAGUGUCAGAAGACAGUAUAUGGUUAUCGGUACGCCUGUCGAUAAGGCCAGUUCCUUGAUGAUGGUUUCGUUCGACAAGGUCUCCGCCUUCAAAGUUUUCAACAUAUCUUGCGACUACGAGACACUUCUAAGCAGUGGCUUGCCCAAAGAGAAAUUUCGUACGCGUGGUAUGAAGAUAUUGAGGAAAGUCGGGAAAUGCCACGUUUAUGAAUUCCUGGAUGAACAGUCGUCGAGAAUCAGAUUAUUGUCGAACUUGGAAUACGUCUAUCCCAUUAUUGGUCGAUACAAGGAAAUGGAAUACUUCAAGGACAUCUUGGACGAUAUCGGGGUGCAAGGGCGAGUUUAUGCUGGAUUGCUCAUCGAAGUGCGGAUCUUAAUAUAUUCGUCAAUCGAUGGAUUGCGGGGCCCCGAAAGAUGCGGCAAGUCGAGGAUUCUCGACGCUUUCGUUACGAUCGUACGAAACAGACAAAUAAAGCUCGUUCAACUUUCUUUACAUCCGUCCUACGUGGAGAAGGUUUACGCUACACUGUACGACGUGUUCCUGCAACUUUUCGACGCUGAAAAUUUCUCGACCAUCAAGAACCGCGAGAAAAUUAUAUCGCACAAGCUCUCCGAGAUACUACAGCCAGAAGAUUUCUGUUACCUGAACACCAUCAUGAGAGUACAGUUCCCUUUGUCGAAGAAAUACUGCGAGGACAACGACUGGCAGCGUCACAAGAAGACCAUCGAGAUGUUCGAUGUGAUAUUAAACGAGGUAAUCGGCUGCGUAUGCAUCCUUUUGGACGACAUACAAUACAUGGAUCUCCUAUCCUGGCAGUUUUUAUCCUACGCCUUGAACAACAGUCGCGUGGUUCUAGUUAUGACGGUGACGGGACACGUCCCGUGGGACGAUUUGUCUCGAGUCGAGAACAGCAUCUUCCGGGACAAGAGACUGAUGAUCAAAACGUUGGAUGACUUGGAGCCUAAAUACUUGGCAGCGUUCGCCUGCCAAUUCUUGAACGUCGUCGCAAUUCCCAGCACUAUCGAGAAAGUCCUACAGCAGCGUAAUAGAACUGCGAUCAGCUGGUGCGAGGCGUUUCUAAUGUCAGCUAUACAAGUGAACGCGUUGGAGGUUGUCACGAUAUCACCCGCGGAAGCGGCUCACCAUGAUCUCGUUUAUCCGGAGCAGUCGCUGUUGUCGAAGAUCCCGGCGUACCUGAUGCCUGAGGAAAUAGCACCGCCAUUACACUGGACGCAAAUGAGCGAACUGGCCGUGUGCGUGCUGUCGAAGAAAGCGAAAGGUUCCAUCGAACUUAAUCGAGACACAACAGGCUUGAGGAUCGACAUUUACAACAGAAUGAACCCCUACGAGCAAGCUUUCAUUAAGUGUGCGGCAACUGUGGGCUACAGCUUCCAAUGCAAAAUGCUGGACACCGUGAUGGCCAACGCUACGCCGAUAUACACGUUGAAAGGAAAGAAAUAA